GAACAUCUUGGAUGACGUUGGGGUGAGAAAAUUACCAGGAAAUGUUUAUUCUGGAAGUGAACUAAUCCUUUAUUUAAGCUUGGAUUACAAGUGAGUGUUUAUAUUAAAAUAUAUGACAUGGGACAUAAAACUACAGCAGGUAUUUCUAAAGAUUAUAUUGUGUGGUUAACACAUGGCCACUCCAGAGGUCAGCAGGUUCUCAGGUUGAAUGUCCUUGUUUCACCUCUGAAUCAAACACAUGGAGAGAGAGAGAGAGAGAACUUGAAUUGGGCCCAAUCUCAGUCUGCUUCCGCCCUCUUGUCCUCUUCGUCACAGCGCUACCGUUUUGUGUUUGUAUGUUUUCAGGGCGUGACUUGGGAACCGGAACGUUGCCAAGUAAACUGCCGUUAGCAUGCAUGGCGCUGCGGAGUGCCAGGUGAACCUUGUCCUGGCUCUAAUACUGCAGCCAUCCAUCUCAGAACCUGAAUUUGAUCUGUAGUCAAAUGUAACGUCCCACCACUCUCAUCUCCAUCUUGGCCUCUGAAACGGUCGCCUGCUUUCCGUUCUGUUCCCACGUUAUCAUUGGCACAGCUCGAAGUUCAGGGCACAAUGUUCUGCAUGGCAGGGGAGAAGGACAGCGCAGAUGUCUUCCUACUAAGUGCGAACAUCGUGCUGCAUUUUGAAUAGGAGUUUGCGGCCCGGUUUGGGAUGAGGUAGGGGAGGGGCCGCAGGGGCUUAAUGAAUCAGAAAAGGUUUGAUAUCAGAUGACUCACACUGCCACUCCAGGAGCUUGUCAGGAGAUGUCUGCUACAGUUUGGCUGGAAAGAACGAGUGGGCAUGAGUCAGCAAGAUAUGUGAUUUACAUUCAUACCGAUAUAAGGAUGGAGACAUAAGAGAUUAUGGGGAAAUAUUCAAAGACUGCUAAAUACUCCAUCAUCAGGAGAACUGCUAAACAAGGACUGAGAGAGGAACAAAAACAGUAAACGGAUCAUUCUCCAUAAUUCUUCACUAUUGUCAACAUUUUCAGUCCCGGAGCUGGACUUUGACUCGCCGAACAAACAGCAUCCUAGUGCCUAUAGGGCAGCAAUACUAUGACCCCAGUGUUGCCACAGGACUCUGAACAGGAUGGAGACCUGUGGAACAUCCUCUUCAGACGACAACAACUCCAGAACCGUCAUCAGUUUCUACAGGAGAUUCAAAAGAAGAACAACAGAAUAGAAGAAUACCUUGCAAAUGAAGAUGGCCCUUCAGAACUGGACAGAAUAGAGGAAGAGCUGAAGUUACUGGAGCAAAAAGAGAAGGAUCUUAUUCAGAAAAAAACCCAAAGUUUGGCAACACACACAGACAAAGAUCCAAUACAAGCUCCAUUCCAAGGACUCUACAUUCUUCCUGUGUCUUCUACAGAAAUUCCUCCUAUCAUUCCUGUGCAAGAGGAAAACACAGAAACUGUAUCUCCUACCAUUGAAGAAAACACAGAGCCCCCAGAGCCCCCAGAUCCCCCAAUAAGCCUGGACGAUGUCACCGUAUCCCCUGCCAAAGUGAAAUGCCCUACUUGCCAAAAGAUCGUCACCACUGAGAUCCACUAUAAACUGGGCAGUAAUGCCUUCCUCUUUUGUUGUCUCUUAUCUGUGGUAGGGUGUCUGGCUGGAUGUUGCCUGGUCCCCUUCUGUAUGAAUCGCUUCAAAGAUGUCACCCACAGGUGUCCAUCCUGCCACAGUCAUAUCUGUUCAGUAGAUAGGAUUUGAAGCAAAG